CGGGAAUUUGUCAGCGGUGGACGGGUUCUGACAGUGUCCAGCACGGACGUUGCUGCAGCGAAUCCCAGGAGGGUCAGACCCCCAUUUAUCCUUCCGCCGUUCACUCGUACAGCGCAGGCCGUCGCGACAUUCACGUCCAGCGACAUCAACGACAAACUCACCGCUACCACGACGACGACCACGACGAAAACGACACAAACCGCCGGCGGGCGGGCGACGCAAAGCGUCGCGAGCGUCGCGAGCGUCGCGCACGCGACGACCCCCACGCCGGCCCCCACGUGUGCGGCGGGGCACGCCGCCGCUGGGUCCUCGGGCAGCUCGAGCACGCCGCACCACGACCUCGACAACCUGCUGUCGUGUCGCACGCAGGUGUGCGACCGGUGCCGGCGGCUCAAGAAGAAGUGCUACGGCACGGGCGUGCGCUGCAGCAACUGUCUCAUCUCGAACCAGCCGUGCACGACCGAGCGCACGCUCAAGCGGCGGCGCAAGCCCAAGCCCACGCGGCUCAACCCGAUCGAGGUCGAGAACAUCAAGCUGAAGCUCGCGCUGCAGCAGUUGCAACGCGAGCUUGCGACGCGUCCGCGCGCGGACGCGUCGCGCGACGGCGCGGCCGUCGUCAAGCUCGAGGAAGAGGCGCUCGAGCGGGCGUUCGAGGAGGAGGCGCUCGCGGGCGGCGGCCCGCGUUCGCGCUCGGGCACGCCAGCGCCAGCGCCAGCGCCAGCGCUGGCGGCGGGCGCUCCGGCGCGCGCCGCGCAGCGCUUCGCGCUGCGCUCCGACGCGCAGUUCGUCGCCGGGGUGGCUCGCUCCGCCCAUCGCGAGUUCCACGUCCACGCCGGGCUCGUCCCCGCCCGCGCGCCCCUGCCCAACGAGGACAACUACAACGCCCCCGCCGUCAUCGAGGAGUACUCCAUCGUCGACAACUUUCUGCAACAAGAGUUCGUCAAGAUCCUGGCCGAGCUCCGCCCCCAGAUCCUCGCGCACGUCGACCGCUUCUUCCGCGAGAUCAACUGCGUGUUCCCCGUGAUCCGCGACCGCGACUACUUCCUCGCCAAAGUCCACGAGCUGUUGCAGUCCAUCGCAGUGUGCAACUUUCCCACCAAUGUCAUCAACGACGAACACAACCUCUGCAUCGUCUACAAAGUCAUCCUCAUCUGCAUGCUCUACACGCGGGACCGCGCGCUCGAGGCCCGCUACCUCAAGACCACGCGGCACCUGCUGUCGCGGUUCGAGUGCCUCGACCCCAUCAACACCCUCAAGUGCUACCUGCUCACGCAUUUGUACGCGCAGCUCGCGCGCGACCAGCCGUUGGUGGUGCGCAUGAACGGGCUCGUCGCGUCGCUCGCGCUCGACCUGCGCCUGCACCGCGCUGCCCGCGACCCGCUCAAGCGCCAGCUCUGGCACGUGUGCUACUGCUUCGACUUCUUCGUCACCGAUCCGCUGUACCGCGAGUUCGGGCUCGGGCCCGACGCCCACGUCCGCCUCAUCCACGACCACUCCACCCUGGUGGCCGCCCCCGACGCCCCGCUGUUGCAGAUCCUCGACAUCAAGCGCAAAGUCUACGACGGCCACCUGGACCUUGACCAGGGCGUCGAGCUGCUGCUCGCGCUCGACGACCUCACCGCCAAGGCCGCGUUCCACAUGCCCGCACAGGACGCGGACUUCGACUUCGACUUCAGAACCGCCCUCCACGUGCUGUACUUCCUCGAGACCCUGCUGUUGUUCCAAAGGUCCCUGGUCCCGGACUGGGACGCGGCCUCCAUCGCCAAAAACCCGACGCUCCUCAGACACCUCAAAACGCUCUUGCUCUUCGCACACCACUUCGUGGCCAUCUGGCAUUCCAACCUGAAAAUCCACCACUGCAUCCCGUUCGUCAGCCUCAGCAAGCUCUUCCAAACCGGACUUUUCAUCAACUGGUAUGUCAGCCAGGACUUCCCACAAACGCACGAAAACCCACUCCCGAUUUUAUCUUUGAGUGCACUCCAAUCCACUACUCUCAAAAGAACCCAAUCUGCCCCCAGCGGUAUGGCCUCCCAUACCAAAAAAUCCAGCUACAAGUACCUCGUCAUGGUGAGGGAGAUCAUGCAAACGUACGCACCGGUUGAUGAAAAGGUUCAGAAAUAUCAGGAUGCGCUUCGCAGCGUGUUCUUCCAAACAGACUUUGCGGACCCGACUCUAGCAGUGUCUGUGGAUCACGCCCCGAAUGCUCUGUUGGCUACAGACAAGCUAGGUGUUUCGGCAGAAGCGGCGGCAGUAGGAAUGCCAACCGCUUUCUUAGAGCACAAGAGCAACACUUCGAUCUCAUCCACAAAUGUGAGUGGACUCGAAAGAAACUCAAAGGCAGGUCCACGUUAUAACCCACGCGAUACAAAUCACUACAGCCUCUUCAAUCUCAACUCCGCGAGUGUGCCAAACUUCACAAACCUCAAACAUAACGCGUUACGCGAUGACUUUGUGAAUUCGUCGCAGAGCUCUCUCCACGAAACUCCGUUUUCAACUAACCAUUCAUCACCACGCAAAGUCAACUCCCACAGUGACCUCGUGUGCAACACCUCCGUUGAGGAGCAGUUGAACAACUUUGUUUCUGGGUUUACAUUUGACAAUCGAGCCAAGCCAGUAGUUAUACAGUACCCUCAAGAUAAAAUUUCACGACCCACUCCAAGCACCACAGAUGAUUCAGUACACGCUGAGUCUCGCACCCAACCUAAUGGAGAUAUCUUCAAAACAUUGGAGGAUCUCAUAGACACGAAAAAAGAUAAUGACGUUUACAAUAUGAAUUUUUAG